GCGUUUUUAUUAUACAAGACCGAUUAUUAUAAUAUUGGGACCGUAGAGUAGACAGUGUAUUAUAAUAUUGCGUUAACAUUUUACACGAAUGUCCCGGUGUGCCGCGGCCGUGGGACUUGUGUUUGCAGUCGUUCGGCGCGCGUCGUCGGGUUUUAUUCGCCGCACGAUGUUAUUAUAAGACCCGCGAUAUUGCCGUUAAGUUCGAAUCCGUUCAUACUCCCGCCGACAAUACGAAACACUAUGUGACGUGCACCAACACCGUCUAUCACGUAGAAACGCGCCGCGGAUCCGACACGCGUUUUAUUUGAAAACUAUUCGACCGUAAGUACCUGCAUGCUAUAUUAUGUAAUGCGCCGUUCGUCAUAAUAAUGGGCGUAUAUGCACGGGGAUGGCCGAGAUAACACAAUAGAGGUUAGGUUUUUUGGUGAGGCGGACAGCGAUCUUCGACACCGGACCGUACGCAAAACCGUAGGCCCGAACAGUGGAAACAUUCGAAGAGGGGGUGACUAAAUCCCACGCAAUAUUAUACGCAUACUUAGUAUAGUUCAGUACUAGCUACAUAUCUGUUUACUAGACGAUAACUUGCAGAUUUUAGGGGGUUUGCUUGAAUUUUUCAAUUCGGUUCUUCGGACCGGCGCGCAAAAUAAAAAAUCCGUAAGGGUUUAAUACAAAUUGUUAGAUAUUAUUUCACAUAUUUGUUUAAAAAUGCUUUGGCGAGAAAUCUCGCAGGGGAGGCAACUCGCUUUCCUAACUCCCUCGUGCGCACGCUUAUACCAUAUGUCUAUAUGCCUAUGAGAUACUCGAUGCACGGAUAAACUUAUGUAAAACUAUUGCAACAUUAGAUAUUUAAUACUUACAUUUUAUGUAUUUAAAUACUGAAUACCAUUGAAAUUAAAAUGUUAAUUAAAUGUUUCAAGCGUAUACGGUGUCUUAUAAAUGAUUUGGCGGUUAUUUAUUUGAAACAUUUUUCGAAAUUUUCGAUAAUACCCACCCUCCAUUUUCGUACAAUCGCUUUAAACUAUUAAUCUAAUUUUUGAAAAGUCCGGUGAGAAAACGACACAUUUCGCCUCUUCUUCGGGCGCCUGUGGGUAAGAUACGUGGAUUUUACUAUUGCAAUACUAAAUACUGACAAUUUCCAAAACUAUAUCGCAAUACAAAGUACAAUUAUAUCUAAGCUACAUAUUUAAGAUACUUGUAUCGAAGGUGCUGCACGAACUUGCGUUUACCUACUUUUAUAUAAUAAGUAUAUCAGGUAGUAUUGUGACGAUGCGAUGUGACGUGGGAAUAUUCUUAAAGAGAGAAAUAAUAAAUAUCCGGGAUUUUAACGAUGAUACUCCCAACGACAUAUUAUUAUAUUUCUUCUCAAAUUCGGGAAAUGAUUUAUUUUUAUUUUUCACUGUAUUGAUUGAUCCACAUGUAAAUCAGUAACACUGUUAGGUUUACUUGACCUCCUACAUACAUACAAAUACCUAUAUUCAAUUUAAUUUGUUGUAAGCUGCUGCAGUUAUUUUAAAAACGUUUUUUUUUUUUUGUGCCUUUAUUAUAAAUAAUUAGUUCAAUAUUUGGAAUAUCGUAAAAUUUCGAAGAGGUUAUCCUUAAAGUUUUUGACAGUCACAUAUUUUAUAAUAAGUCUCUAUCUUUAAAACUUUGUUUUACGCAAAAAAUGUUUUACUAAACUGGAUGAACACGGCAUGAAUGCCGUGACAACGAAUGCCAUUAUGAAGAUUGUGUUGGUGGGUUCGGGUUAUCAAUUAUUUUAUUGAGAAGUUUUGGUUAAAUUUUGUUUUUAUAGUAACAGUUCUUGAAAAUAUUCACCACAUUCAUGGUUCUAGUCAGAUUAUAAAAUAUUUUAAUGAUAUUUGAGUUACAGAACAGGUUUUUUUUUGAUUCGGUAACGGUUUGUUAUGACUGUUUUAUAAUUACUGUUCAUAAAUAUACCUUUUAAUAUUAGGUAUUUAUGGACAUUAGAUAACUAUAAUAUUUCUUUAACUUUAUAUUUUGACCUAUACAGUAUUUACUCAUAUUAUCUAAGAUAAUUAUUAUUGUAUAAUUUUGAAUUUUGCACCACCAUUAUUUAAAAAUUGUCUCAAAAUAUUUCAUCAAAAAUAUUAAUACGUUAUAAUAACUCUAUUUAUUUUCAUAUUUACAUAUUAUACUCUUAUAUGUAUUAAUAAUAUAAUGUUUAAAAUUUUGACUAAAUAUAAUCACAUAAUAUAAAUUCCUUUUAUGAAAUGUGCUGACGAGACUUUCAAUUAUGUAAUUUUACCACGUCUAGAAAAUACAAAUAUAAGUUUUCUGUAGAAAUGUCCAGUCUCAACGAAUAUUUUUAACUGAACUAGAGCAAAAACAAAAUUGAAAAUAAUAAAGCAUUGUUUUCGUAAACUAUCCCGUUCUUUUCGGGUUUGCUCAAUUAUUUAAAAAAAUACUCGAAACAUCAAAAAGCAACUUUUUUAUUCACUAUCUAUACUAAAAAUUCAACAAAAAAGAUGUCAUAUUGUUUUUUUAUUGGAGCAAUAUUAAUGGUUGAAAACAUUAGCCGUGACAAUUUUAAAUAAUAAAAUCAUUGCGCCGUAAUUUGAAAAAAAUCGUAUUUUUCGUAUUUUUUGUUCUUCCUAUUUGUUAUAAAAAAUAUUUUACACAUCAAAAAAUAACUUAUUUGUCAGUGGCUAUAUGUUAAAAAUAACAAAAUCGAUCUUUAAUCAUUUUUUGAUAGGUGCAACAUUUUUGGUAGCAAAAUACAUAAGUUACAAAAAUUAAAAUAAUUAAACCGGGACGCCACGCUGCCGUACAUAUUUGCCGUUUUAGGUAUCUACAAUUUUCUUUCAGGUUUUUUUAAUUAUUUCGAAACCCCAUGGAAAAUCAAAAAAUGAUUAAUACACGUAAAACAUAUAAUAUAAGUUAGGGAAUAAAUUAAAGUACUAUAAUAAUUUAGAACGAUUACAUUAGAUUGUCAACAAUUCUUAUUAACUUUGAUUAAUAAAAUGUGAUAAGAAUUUAAAUUGUUCACGAGAGGGAAAUUAUGUUUUCACUCCCUUAACUUAAUUAUUAUUUACCCAUUAUAACCAAUUAAUAAGUGCAUGUAAAUAUUAACAACUUAAAUGCGAAUGUAAUCAUAGUUUUGUUUUAUAUAAAGGUGUUCCAUUUAAUUGUCUAUACUCUGUACAAACAUUUUCAUUUUCAUUGAAUUUGCAUGAUUAGCAUAAUUUAUAUGACAGUAAGGCAUGUGCCGUUUUAACAAAACUCCAUUAUUCUUCCCCUACUCAAUCUUAAAAAUGUAAUAUCUCAACAAUUUAAAACUGUAAUUGCAAUAUAUUUGCAAUUGAAAAUUCUUGACAUGAUUGUCACAAGGUAGGAAACUCAAAACACUGCACAAUCACCUAUCACAUAAGCCUAUCACAUUGUAUACUAGAGUUCAAAAAUUGGACUUGCGUUUGAACGAGUGUGCGCAAAGCUCUAUAUUUGUUUUUAUUAACGAAACUAAUAUUGUAUUUUUAUGAAUUUCUGAGUAGGCGAUAAAAAUAAAACGAUCGAAGUCGAUAGUAAUAAAUAAUUAUCUGAUAAAAAUACAAAUAAAUAACAAUAUUCCAGUAUAUAAUGCUAUCUCAGUGAUUCAUUUUUUAUCAGCUUAAUUAAAAUGGCCGAAUAAAAAAAUUGAUCCAUAGAAACCACCAAACAUAAAUAAUAAUCUUUUGGAAAUAGUGUGUGGAAUUUCUGAUAGUAGAUAUGUUGAUUUUAAAAAUAUAUUUUUAGUGUCUAAAAAAUAUGUAGUCCAAAUGUGCACAAAAUAUUUAAAAAUGUCAUCACAUCUCUAAAGAAAAUAAUAAUUUAUAAGUCAAUAAUUGUAUAUUUUAAACCAAUGUUUAAUUUACCAACACGAAAAAAAAAAAAAAUACAAAUCCCAACAUCAAUUUCGAUACCAAAACAUUAUGUUUAGGUAUUUGGUAUGUGUCGAAAACGUUACCACGUAGACUAUACUUUCACAAAAUAUAUUUCAAAUAAAGAUAAACAAAUUCGUGGAAUAAACGUUAUUAAAUAUUCUUCGUAAGAUUCAAUUAAAAUAACUAUAAAUUCGGGUUGGCGGUAUAUGCAUUUUUAUUAAUAUCAGUAUUUGAUAUUCGGUAUAUAUUUCUAAAACCGAAAAGACCGGUACUUACCAAAGUAACAUUCCAUAGAAUAAUAUGUAUAUAUCAAAAUACGUAUUUGAAUAAGUUUAAAAAAAAUUCAGCUGUAUACAUAAUACAAUAAUAUAUAUUCGAAUAUUUCAAAAAAUAUUUGAAUAAUUCAAAUAUUUUUUUCCAAUAAUUUACGUCAUUUUUAGAACAACAGUUCUUACAUUAACAGCUUAUGACUCAAUUGUGUUACGAUAAUCAUCUAAAUUCGAAAUUAAAACAAUUGUAAAAAAAAAAAUAAGACGUCCUAGGGUAAUAGGGACGAGUGCAGCCACUGUUAUAAGUAAUUUAAUGUAUACAUUAAAAAACAUUGCUAACGUAAAAACGAUUUUAAGUUGAGUUCAGUUGAUAGUGAUGCUUUGUCAACAAUAUAAAUGUCAUAUUACAGUAAAAUAAUAAUAUUUGUUCAAUGUUGUACCGAUUUUCCGAUGUUUUUUCUUUUUAGUUUUUUACAUUUGACGAGAAAACUCUUGAGAAAAUUGAAAAAUUACCUCUUUAAAGUACCUCCCUAGGCAGAUUUACUUUUAGAAAAAGUGUUAUCAUUGGAAAUCGGAACAAAGUUGCUGGUAGAAAAGUUAUGUCCAAAAAACAAAAACAUCUUUGUAUUGCUUCAAUCAAAAUCUAAAAUUGAUUCUUUAAUUACUUUUUUUACCCCAAUUUCAAUCUGAACUACACAAUUUUUAUUCUAAAUAAUUGUACCAAGUAUUCUAUAUUUCCACUCAUAUUUGUGUUGAGCGUCUUUUUGAUAAUAUUAUUAUUGAAUUCGUAUCAAAACUUUACCGGCGAUUUUAUCAUCUCAUCAUCGCCAAAUUUACCGUUAUCUGUAUACAAUGUGUAGGUAUGGAUACGAUUAUUGGAACGGACACGGAAAAACACGGAAAAUAUGAAAAAAUGAGCAGAAAAAGUGCAAAAAAAUUCACCCUGGGCGCGCGUAGGUGGCUUACCACCAGGGUGAGGCACCGGAGGGAUUCGAACCCUCGAUCUCCUGUUUACUAGACAGGCGCUUUAACCAACUAAGCCACGGCGCCGGUAUACACGGUAAUCGACGGAAAUAUCUUAAAACCCAGAGAAAAAGGGCUCAAAUCAAUUUUGUAUACGUUUUAAUAUAAGUAAAUUUAAAUUAUUUGAAAUACACUCAUUUGUAUAAUGUUUGUAUAAUAUAUUAUAUACCUACUUAUACACUAUAUUAUAGCAUAUAUUUUUAUAUUUCAAAACUAGUGUACUUACUACUUAUAUAAUGUAUAUACACUACUUUUGAAAAUAAACAAAAUUAUGUAAUUAAGACCAAAUAAUAAAGGGAAAAAAUUACAAAAGAAAAAACAAACCGACAUAUUUAACCGUGUCGACUUUCUCACUACUUUGAUGUCAUUCCUAUAAAUCCCAAAAAGAACCAUACUAAAAAAAGAGUAAUCAAACAAAUGGAAUAUUUAAAUUUUUGAAGAAAUUAAAAUCAAAAAUGUGGUAAAGUCGAUUUCAAGUAGACUUGGUGCAAAUUCAAAACUGUUUUCGGAAUGUCUUCUUAUACCAAUUGGUGCGUUGGAAAUAGAAUACCUCAAAAUUCCUACGUUGCACGUAUGUAAGACAAAUAUAGAAAAUCACCGAUUCCAAUCCCUUAAAGUCGAAUUAAAAAUAUAAAUAAUGCGCCUUGGAAAAGAACGUCUCAAUUAUUUGUAAAAAAAAAAGUUGAGUAUAAUGUAAUCAUUUUUUUUAUAAGUGUUUAAAGUUUAAAUUUUAAUGAAAAUACAUUUUGACAAAAAUGAAAAAUUAUGGACGUACCGUCUCAUGUGUUCUACCUAAUAUAAAUAACUGAACUAAAAUUUCUAAAAAAUUAGUUGAGGUACUUCAUUGAGGUAUUUUUUCAAAUUGACCACCGGGUUAUUCUCGAAUUUCUCCCGUUAUUAUGAAAAUCAAAGGAAUUUAAAAAUGACUUCUCUAACUAGAUUCAAUAUUUUUCAAUAAAGUUUUUAUGUAGUUUUUGAUUGAAGUAUGUUUAUUGGCCAAAAACUUUAUACAAACAGUAAGAAUAGUUUCAGUGCAUACAUUUCGAGAUAGAGUUCGUGUUAUUUAUUAACUCGUUUGUCCGUCGCCGGCAGAUGUUGUACUAAAAUCAUGUGUAAAACACGCGACGUCCAAUUUUAUAUUUCACCCUUUUCGUCAAUUUGCAAUUUCUCGGCUAUUGUUUUGAUAAAAAAAAAAUUCGAUUUGUUUUGUUUGUUUGUGAUAUGUAGUUUAAUCGCGUAGAGCAUAAUCAAAUUUAAGAAAAAAUCCUUUUUCCUACCAAUAAAAAAUAAAAAAAUAUUGCAAAAUUCACGAAUGACCUCGACGUGAUUUGAACACGCAACCUUCUGAUCUGGAGUCAGACGCGCUACCGUUGCGCCACGAGGUCUUCUAUAUUAGGUUAUUGAAAUUAAUAUAUUUAAGCAAACUUAUAAUACUGCCAUUUAAUGAUUAUUAUUUAUGUUAAUCACAUUUGCACUAACUCUAACUAAAUCGUUCUAUUUACAAGUGUAGUGUUAUUUUCCAAAAGGCAUUGAUUUUUAAUAGACUAUUUUCUGUGUAUGUAAUAUGUAUAGUGGUAUGCAAGGUCUGAUUUAACUAUUUCAAAAGAUACCAAUGCCCAUGUAAUUAAUAUAGGCAAUAAAUAUAGCAUUUUUCCAAAACUUACUAUUUCCAUAAGUAAAUCAUAUAAUUUAUCAUUUUAGAGUCUGAGUGUAGCGAAGAAUGUACCUAUUGGUUUUACAAUGAUGUUUAUUUUUUUUAUAUAUUUUGACAAAAAUGUCUAUCAGAUAUCUUGUAAGUGUGGCACCUUUUCUGAAAAAAAAUUUUGUUUAGAUAGUACUUAAUAAAGGUCAUUAUUUUGAUUUUCCAAGCGGUUUUCAUAACAUCUGGGAAAACCUGAUAUAAAACGUAAAAAAAACGGAACAUUUACGAUAAUAAUGUUUUUAUUAUUUUAAAUUUUGGUUUUUGUUGUAAUUCUGCAGUUUAAAAUAUUCGUAGGGGUUUGAAAUUUAGACAGAAAUCUUAUAAUUGCCUAUUCUAAACAUGAUAUAAAAUGUUCAACAUAUUUUAGCAAUUUUUAAGCUAUUUAUAGACAUUUUAAAUUUGUGAGUUUUGUACAAUGUUAAUAAUUCUUAUUCGGUAGGUACUAUGGAGAUAAAAUUGUAGACUAAAAAGAAAUACUUGAAAAUUCAACAGGAGGUUUAUUAAAAGUCGUAAUUUGUGAUAAAAAAAAAAAAAAAAUGAGGUUAAUGUGGUAUUUUUUUUUUUUAAGUGAAUUUUUAUCUUAAAUUUUGACAAAAAUUGUAAAAAUUAUGUGGAAAAAAUCUAGUUAUCUUCUGAUCUAUGCAAAUUUUUCAAUUUUUUUAUAUUUGUUUUGAUUUAUGUUUAUUGCCAAUUUAAGAACGAUGGUGAAGUCAGAAUCAAGCGAACUGACUUAGUCUCGAAAUUAGACCUUUUUGAAGUUCUAAUAUUAGGUGGAUAUUAAGUAAGUCUGUUGUAGUCUAGUGGUACGUAUCAGUUUUCAUCCCAUAGAUCGCAAAUUCAAACCCAAAUUCCGAAAAUUGUUUUUGCAAAACCACGUCGGGUAGGUAACAGGUAAAAAAACAAAUGCAACAAAUGCAACACAAUAUGUUUUCAUUGUGUAAUUCAUAGUAUUCAAUAUAUAUAUUUUUACUAUAUAAUAUAUUUGUUGAAAAAACAAUACUAUGAACUAAGCUUCACUCAGAAUCAUUUUUUGUCAUCAAUGAUUAAUCUUUGCUUACAGAUACACAUUAAAUUACCCUUUAUAUCCAACCUUCCCAACUAUACUCGUCUACAACAGUGGUUUACCCAUCGUGUGAAUGUAGUAUGUCCGUUUUUUUUAAGAUUAUUUGUUAUUUAAUAAAUUUUACAAAAUAUUUGUAUCAAUCAAGUAGAAGGAUAAACAAGUUUCUAUUUCAGGAUAACUGUUGUCGUAUUUUAAAGUAGUUUUCAUUUGCUUGUCUGAUAAACAUCGUUAGAUAUUGGAGUUCUUUACUUAAUUAUUUACAUCACGUAUGAAUGUGUGAUAGUGAGAAGAUCCGCCAAUACGCCAUAACUUGAUAACUUAAUAUAUUAAAUAUCUAAUAUUUGUAUUAAACAAUCAAACGUGACGUAAAAUAAUUACCAGUUCCAUCAUAAAUUACAUAUUUUAAACAUUGUUGCCACCUCAGCCACAUAUUAAUUUACAAUAUUAAUUAUACGUAUCACCUAUAUAGGGGCACCCCACUUUAAGCUAUUGUGGCGGUCAAGUGGGAGUCAUUGAUGUAGGAGACCACGGAAGGUAUAAAAGUGCCAGACACUCAUUUCUUCAGUCCUCACUUCUCUGGGUUCGCCCAGCAGAAGCACUUAGUUUUUGCUUACCUCGUUCCUGACUAACCUAAUUUCUUCCAAACCAAUACAAUAGUUACAGAUACUAUAGGUGGGCUUUUGUAAUUGGUUAUCCUAUACAUCCUACUACUGGUAUAGUUGCGUUAACUUUCACUUUGAUCUUUACCACACAUAUAGACGUGUUUGCUUAUUUUCACCACCACACACUCAACCAUACACAACACAUCGCCACUGACUGGUUAGAUUACAGCUUCGACAUAUACAGACGGUUCGUUGUCACCUAUCAGGACAAACAGUUGUCUAUACGUUUGUAAGGUACUGAUCAUAUUGAAUUAGUAAUUUAGUGUUAUACUCGGAGACAUUUACGUCUAUCUCCGGUAAAGAUAAUAAUUGUUUAAUUAUUAGUGUACAUAAUUACAACGAAUUCAAGAGGUGUACUUACUCUCCGUACUUAAUGUUUAUAGACCUAUUUAUAUCUUUACAUAGCUCGCAUAUCGACUAUAAAUUGAUACGUCAGUGAAUGAUUACAAGCGCAAGCUUGCAAUUCGUCACUUAUCUAUUACCCAAGUAAUUAUAGCCGAAUAUGUACCUAAACGGUGGUUUCAGUGACGGAGUGUCAGAUGACCCAUGUCCAUUUAGAAUUUAAAUAAACCGAUUGGUGUUUAUAUUGUAACGAUUCAUUGAGACUUACGCAUCCUUAUAUUUUAUUCCUUACAUUUGAAUAGCGAAUUUCAAGCGGAAUUUAUACCAGAGGUACCUAAGUGAUUACUUUUUUUUAUAUUCUCGUAAUAGGAUAUUAAUUAGAAUAAAUAGGUACAAGACAAAUAAUAAUUGCCUAUGGCAGGUGAGGCUAGUCUUCAAUAAAUAUAAUACGUAUUAAUAUCACCACAGUUUGUACAAUAUACAAUAUACAUACAUAAUACGUAUAUAACAAUAAAAUCCGUACAACCGCAUACACACACAUAGAACCAUUUUCACGCACACUAUAACAAUUUUAUUCAGUGUCGUAUCCAGCCGAUUAUGCAUUGUAGCACACUGCCGUCAAUCAUCUUAUCGAUAAAUAGACCACUGUGAGAUCGUAUUUCACAUCAUAUCGCAUACAUUAUCAUAUUAUACAUAAUACCAUACUACCAUACCAACACAUACCCCUACCCGUAAAUACUCCUUCACAUUUUUAUACGACUUUAAACCUAUUUUUUUUAAUUUCCAUUCUAUUACACAUAGUUGCACAACGUCUUAUUAAAACAUUAUUGUGUUAUGGGCUAUUAUAAACAGUCAACAAUUUUUGUUUUUAUUUUGUUCACUGUAAUUACAAAACAUAAUUUAUUUAAAACGCAUGUUUUUUAUUUUUAUUUUAUAAACAUUAAAAUAAUUAUAAUAUUGUUUUUUUUACACCUACGAGCAAUAAUCACUCUUGUUGUAAUCAUGGGCGUGCGCAGAAUAUAAAAGCAGGUAGAGCCUAAAAAUUAUCAUCGGCCGUCUAGCCAAUCAUUUUAUAAAUACAAAUAACAUAUCUGAAUUUUAUAUACCUAUUUAAUAUUAACAUACAUGUUAUAUUUUCUUACAUAGUUUAAUAUAAUAUAAUAAUAAUAGCAGUAGCAAUAAAAACUAUAAACAACUUAAUAAUUAUAUUAUUAUAUUAUUUUAAGUAUUUUACUAUAAACAUUUUAAAUUAAACAGGUACUAGUCAGUUCAAAUAAAGUAUCAAAAAUAUAAUAAUUAUGAACUAUAUACCUAAAAAAAAAAAACAGAUAUACCUCGCACGUUGGUGGACCACUGUUGUUGGUGAAAAGUUGGGAAGAAUAUAGAGAAGAAUUUAAUGUACAUAUUCUGUAAACAACGAUUAAUCUUUGCUAUCGAAAAUUGACUCUGAAGGAGUUCGAUUAUACAUAUUUUGAAAGACCUUAAUAUUCACGAUUUUCGUCAAAUUUUUAUACUAAAAUUUUUAUGAAAACAAUUCUGAAUUACCCUUAAUUUUUUGUUUUGACCAAAAAGUAUGACAUAUAAUAAACCACUUGUUAAAUUUUCAAGCAUUUCAGUUUGGUCUAACAAUAUUAUCCACAGAGAACCUACCAAAAACUGACAAUAUUUGUUGAUACAUCGGUUUUAUUUACCUUGGUUUUUUUAGCUAUACAAUGAGAUAAAUACCACGACUAAUACUCCUCCGAUAAGAAUAGGUUUUUGAUUGUAAUGAAUUGCAAAGGCACCCUAAGAAAACAUUAGUUAAAAAGGGAGCCAUGCGUCCAAAAAGUUUGGGAAGCACUGCAUUAUAUUGUAGUGAAUUAUUCAAUUUUUUUUAAAUUCGUUUCAAAAAUAUUAUAAAAAUCGACUUUAGUAAUAUUUAGGUAUAUUUAUGAUAAACAUAUUGGUAAUAAUGUUGAGGCAUAUGGAACUUUGGCCCAUGAUAAAUUACAGGGUGUGUCUAGGCAUGCCCGGUACGUCCUGUGUGCAAGCCAAUUGGAAUUAUACAUUUAUAAUUUAUUAAAACCUACAUCUUGAAAUGUCUAAAAUGAUAGCGUGAUGAAAGAACCUGCUCGUAAUAUAUUGUUUUCGGACAUGAAGAUCAUGAAGGUUCAGAUUAUUUUGAUAAAAAUGAGUGCCAAAAUAUUUUUGUUUUUAAUAAAUUGUAUUAAAAUAAUACCCAAGUUAUUAAGAUAAUUGUUUGUUAAAUGCUAAUAAAAUACAUUAGAUUAGACAACAUUCUAUUAAUCUAACUUUAUGUAUACAGGGUGAUUAUCUUAACGUAAGACACUCAUUACCUCGGAAAAUAUUAAAUUUUUUUGGAAUUUGUUUUAUUUUGUAUAUUUUUUUAAUAGUCGAAAAAAAGCAAAAUAAAGUAAACUUCAUUGAAAUUGAAACGAUUUAAAACGUAUUUAUAUAUUAUUAUAAAAAUUACCUUUUUAUCACACUUCCUUCAAAAAUAACAUUUGCUAUGAAAAUCGAGCCCUAUAUAUUACUUUUUUUUUGUCAACUUUAUUUUAGAAGGGUGAAACCAAUACCUACUUUUGAUUUUAAAAUUACAACAUAUAUUAAAAAUUUAAUAAAUAGUUGGAGUAUUUGCUUAAAGACAUUUUGGUGUUGACAUUUUUAAUUUCCGUCAAACCAUUGACGAGGUAAUACGCUUUUAAAUGUAGGUAGAGGGAUAGUAGUGGUGCAUUAUUUGUGUAGUAACACACAAAUCCCUACCUAAAAUUAAAAGUAUAAUAUCUCGUCAACAGGAAUUUAUAGAAAUUUGAGUAUAUUUUGUUGUCAUUUGAAAACCAAAAGUAGAUAGUAGUUUUCUCCCUUAAAAUAAGGGUGACAAAAUAUAACCCUAAUGUAACAUUUUAAUGGUACGUAUUCUUAAAUAUUUUUAAGAAAAAUAGAUUCAGAAAAAAGUUAAUUGGUACUUACAAACGUAAUAAUUGUCGUUUAAUACGUUGAUCAGUUGAUCACCAAUGUAUACUUUUUUUAUUAUAAUAGUAGUGUUAACAUUUUAUUUUUAAUUAUGUUUAAACCAUAAUAAACAAAUUCUAAAAUUGUAUUCUGUUUAAGCUUUAAUGAAAAAAUGUCAUAUCAAUAUCAGUAUAGUAUUUGUUUACUAACAAAAUAUCAUAUACCUAUUUCAAAAAGUCUAUUUCUGGAAAUAAAAUUUCCUAUUUACAGCUAUAUAUUUCUCAUUACGUAAUAUUUCCCAAAAUAAUACAUUUUGCACGAAAUCCCAAAAUAAAAAGAGGAAAAAUGUCUGAAAAAUUAAAAAAACUAGAACGUUGGUUGUGCCCAGUCAGUUUUUUGCACUUUGACUACAGCUACAGUGUAAUUGAAUUAGUAUAAAUCUUCUAUAGAUCUUAGAACAAUAAAAUGGUUUUCCUGAACAAUUUAGUUUUUCGCAAUAUUGCGUUUUGGAAAAGAACUCCUCACUAUGGUACAAUUAUUUUACUGUUUUGUAUACCAACUAUACUCAUACUUUAAUACUCAACUAUAAUACUCACGUAUCAGAUACUUUCCUGAACAAUUUAUAUUGGAAGCAGUAAGAAACAACCAUCUAUAGUGAAAUGCGAAAGUGAAAGUGUUGUAUUUAAACAUUUGAUAAAUGAUAACAAAAUAUUUUGUUUAGUGUUCCGCCGUCUAGCGUCUCAUCGAGAAGUUACAGCGUCUAUAAUCCAUACAUAUGUAUCUAAUUUGACACAAUUAAAUCUAAUACAAAUCUGGACCUUUCCCACCACCAUUAGUUGUUAAUUACCACAGUAAGUACAUGACUCUUUAUAAUAAAUCGAUAAAAAAAACUCUGUAGAAAUAUUUCACGUACUUAUAACCUAUACCUAUUUCUUAUGAUUUUGUACUCGACCCGUGUGAUUAACUGUACUUUAAUAUUUAAUGCUAACCAAAAGCUUGCAAUUAUGUAGAUGAUUACAAUAAGUAGCCAUUACAAAUUUUUAAGUUAAUUGUAUUAUGCACUUUAUGAUAUUAUGACGUAGACUUAACACAGUGGCGGAUCGUGAUGUUUAAACAAAAUAGUGCACAAAGAAAUCAAAUAAUUUUGUAGGUCUAAACCUUCAGAAUUACCAUUAAAUAACCUCUUAAAAUAUGUGUAAAAAUAGUUAGUGUGCGAGGGAAAAUUUUCGUUUAUAGUGUAAGUACUUUGGAUAAUUGUAGUCCUAAAAAGUCAAUUUUUGACUCUGAUAAAAUAAAAAAAAAAAAUAAACAACAGAGUUUGUUUUAAAAAAAAAUACGCGUUAGGUACUUUUAAAAGAGGGGAAACCACUGACAGAAAAUUGUCUGUAAUAAUAUAUAAAUAAUAACCAAUAAUCAGUCAAACGUAUUGAUACGAUAUCAAAGUAAAAUAUAAUUUAAUAGUUAGUAUAUUGUAAUAAAUUAUGACUCAAUUUUCAAAGAUACUUAAAGUACAAACAAAACGUACAACGAAAAUAAAUGCAGAUGUCGUGGUCGAUUUGCAGCCGUAGGAGCACACCGAAAUGCAUUGUAUUUUGUGGUCCCUCAUUCUGCGUCCGAGGUUAUUGUACAUAGGUAUUCUCCGAUUGUCUAUCAAACCAUUUGGUGUACGCAUAUUGCAUAACUCAAUUAAUUUUAAGAGCAACAGUAUGUUAAUAAGUCAGAUUAGUUUAAUUGAACAUUUAAUAAACAAGGAAAAAACAAAAACGUUAUUGCCUGUUUUUAUACACCUGUCCUAUAUCUCAGCCGUGCCUCUGAACUACAAAUUAAAAAAUAUCAUGUUUUAUAAUUUGAUUCAUGGAUAUAUUGUACAAUAUUUAAUACAUAAUCAUGUCAAGAUUAAAAUUAUUGGAUAUAGGUAAAUACAUUUAUAUUUGUUAUAAAAUUAGUUAGUCAUCGUUGCAACUCUCCUCUUAUUUAAUGUUUAUACCCUCUUCAUCCAUAAAACACUUUUUUUUCUAGAUUUUUUCAAAUGACAAUUGGUAUCCACUUGCACCUACACACCUAAACAUGAACUGUCAUAAUCGAUAUUUCGGAUAGGUUAAAUAAAACAAAUUUGAUUACAAUGAGAAAUCUAUAGAUAAAAGUCAAUGUACGUAUACCACAUGGUUGUGAUUUAGACUUAAAAACUACAUUUGAAAUUAAAUUUAAUAUGGAUAAAAUUAUUUGACCUAACAGAUAUGUUUGAAAAUUUAACAUGAGGUUUAUUAUAAAUUUAACUAAAUGGUAAAAUUUGAGCAUAAUGAAUUUGUUUUUGUUUUUAUAAGUUUUAGAAGAUAAUAUUUUGACAAAAAUCGUAAAAAUGACAACAUAACGUGGAAACAUAUACUACCAAACUUUGUUCUGGAUUUUUUUCGUUUACGUUGUUUAUUAUUACUAUUUGUAGGGUGUUACCAUUGCUUUAUCGUUACGUACAGAUAAAAAUUAAUAAAUGUAUGUAUCUUAUUUUUCCAACUUCCCAACUACAUCAGUAAUUGGCACAUUCUUCAGCAGUAUCAGUUUAAAAAAAAAAAAAUGUAAUUCCAUCCCAUGCUCGAGCAAAGCCAAGUAAUCGUACAACUAGUAAUAAAUUAGAAUAAAAUAUUUAAAAACCUUCUAUAGAUAAUAUGACAUAAAUAUUAAAUUAACCUAAAUAAUAAGUUACAAUAUUUAAAUUAAAAAUAUUUUCAUUGUUAUUCUUUUAAAGAACUUGUGACGACUUAGCACAGCGUUUAGUUUUAUAAUAUUGAUAUCAUUGAUUAUAAAAUAAAAUUAAACGUAAAAUACCAAUUAUACAUUGGGAAGAUAAACUACAUAAAGGGCGAUUAGAAUUCUAUGUUACAGUUGUAAUAGUAAUUAUCAUGUUGUGUACGUUGUAGUGUGCUUCAGAGACUAUGAAAAUUUUGAAUCGGUUUCAGGUAAAAAGUUAUGUAUUAAAAUACAUCUAUCUAUCACUACAAUACAUUAACAAAUAUCUUUACGUGAAGUUUGUAUACAGGUUAUUAUUAAUGGUUGGUUCUAAAAUUCUCAAUAAAAUGACACCUAAUAAUGUUAAUCCAAUAUAUAAAUAUAUAAUGUACUAUUAAAUAAAACUUUCUAAUUUUUCUCUAUUUUAAAUAAUAGUAUGAGAAAAUUGCUGUAAUUUGAAAUUCUGAUGACUCUGUAUAAUAAUUAUUUUGAUACAGAGAUUGAACUUCAGGUCAGUAUCAAUUACUGACAACUAAUUUAUGCAAAAGUCGUUAAAGCCUAAAAGGUACCAGUUUAGACACGGAGAGAGCGGAAUAUUAUAUUUUUAUGUAAUAUCUCAUGUGAUUUCUUAAUUCUCAAAAUAGUAUUUUUACUUGAAUGCAACGUUAAUCGUUGUUAUUCCGUUGUAACCGGUUAUAUUAAAAAAUAAUCUAAAAUUUAAAUUUAAUAACAGUUCUGAAUUUAUUUUUAAAAAUUCAUAGUGAUACAUCAUAUAUUAUGAAGUAAAUUAAUCCUUUAGUAACAGCGUUUAUAUUUUUUAAUAAUUUGCAUCUCUAUCUUCAUUAGAAUUAGUUUUUAAAAAAAUUAGUACAUUUUAUAAUUUUAGAAGAAAAAUUAAUUACAAAAAUUAUUUUCAAUUUUUUUUUUAAGAAUACCUAUGUUUAAUAACAAUAAUAAUAGUCUAUAGCUAUCAGCCAUACGUUACAUACAGAUGCAUACAAAUAAUAAUAUUAAAUAUACACGGUUGCCAGCUCCCCUUUCAAAUAUAUUUAAAAUUUAUUUAAAGGAUUUACCUUCGCUUUAUAUGUAUGAAUUAAUAAUACCAAAGUAUCAAAGUAUAUUUUUUGUCUUAACCCGUGGUUUAACCCACCAACGUCGUUUAUUUUCAUUUAUUUUUUUUUUCAAUUAACUUUCUGCACUUAUUUAUAAGAUAUUGACUUAUUAUAACAAUUCUUGCACUAACAAUUUCUUGAGAAUUCAUGACUUAAAGAAAAGCUUAAAAAUCUUUAAAAAUGAGUAUAAAGUUAUAUAAGCUACAAUGUGGAUUUCAUACUAAUAGUAUUCAUACUAUUGAAAAAUGAAAACAAGUUCGUUUCAUUUUAAGUGAUUCACUUUGGAUGAUUCAUCCAAAAUAAUUAUUAAGAGUUAUUAAGCUUUGGUUGCAUAUAAAUACAAUUUAAGUACAUUUUAGUUACGUAAUACUUAAAUUUAAAAUCCCGAUGAUCAGUUGUUUUUUAUAUGCCUAUUAUAAUGUUAUAUAUUAUACUUGUAUAUUGGUGAUAGACAAUUAUUAUCAUUAAACUGAAAUAUUAUUAGAUACAAAAGAAAAAAAAGUUUUUUUUAUUAAUUUUAGCCAUCUACAAAACUUCAUUAACAAUAAUGAUAAUAAUAAUAAUUAUAAAGAUUUAAUUUUAUAAUUUUUAGAUGAAUAUCGACCAAACGCUAAUAUCCGCUGGCAUGGGACGGUAUCAGUUCAUCAGCUGUUUACUGUUUGGCAUUAUGAUAUUGUAUACCAACAUAACUUCCGUUUUGUACAUUUUCACGGCCGGCGACUUAAAAUACAGGUAAAAAACUAUAAUGUUUAUAUGUAUUUUCAAGAUAAAUUAUCAUAUCCGACGUAUUUCCACGGUGUUAACAUAAUAUGACAUUUUUGUCCGCAUCAGAUGCGAAAUACCGGAAUGUGAUUCGCUGGACCGGGCGAAAUGGAUAUACGAACCGGAUUGGCUGCGGUUCACGACGCCUUAUCGAUCAGACACGGGAAAACCCCAGAAAUGUCAGAGAUUCGCCCGCAAUCAUUCGUCCGGCACUAAUACGAAUUUGUGUGAACGCAGCGAAUUCGAUGAGACUGCGACGGAAUCGUGCCGUGACCGUUGGGUAUUCGAAGACUAUGAAAACACUAUCGGCACGGAGGUAUUUUCGCGUAAUUUUUUUUUCUUAAACAUUUUAUAAUUGUAUAUUAUUCAGUUUGGACUCAUGUGUGAGGAAAACAAAUGGAAACUAUCACUGGUGGGUUCGGUUCAUAAUAUGGGCCAAUUCAUCGGCAUACCGGUGUCCGGGAUCGUUUCUGAUAAGUGAGAAAAACACAUCUAUACUAUAAUAAAUAUUAUAAUAUUAAAUAAUUAAUAUCACUAAUAAUUGUCAACACAUUUAUACGUUUGAAUAGAAAUACACUUCUCCAGUGAAAUAUUCAAGUAGAUUUAUUUAGAUGUCCGUGUGUGUGGUGUGAUGUGUGCGUGUAUAAAAAAAAGUCUCAAUAUGUUUUCACACAAUUCAAAAUCCAUUGAAAUAUUUUCCGUGUAUUUAUAUUUAUUCUGUAAAAUGUUCACAGGUUUGGUCGAAAGUUCACUAUGGUCGUCGGGUCGGUACUGACGGCUAUGAUAUAUAUUGUUCAGUCAUUUUCUGUCAGUUACCCGAUGUUUUUAGUUUUAGAAGUACUUUCUUCGUCCAUAUUUAGCGGCGUUUAUGGGGCAACUUUCAUAUUAGGUAAGGUUUCAAAAAAAUAACCAAAAAUCGAAUUGUCAAUAGAAUUCAACAUUAUACACGUAGCCUAAAAACCCAUCAAUUUUCACGUCUGGGAAAUUAUAUGGCUACAUGCACAUUUUUUUAACUAUAGUAUUUUGGUUUGAAUAAAUUUUUUUUCUAAUAAAACGGGUAUUUUUAAUUGUAGCGAUGGAGUUGGUGUUGCCUGAUAAGAGGGUUCUCUAUUAUUCAAUUUUGGAAUGUUUCAAUCCGAUCGGUGGAAUGAUAGUGGCUUUAAUCGCCAGUCAAGUGAAAGAUUGGAGGAUAUUGUUGCGAAUGUCCAACGUCCUGGGACUGUUUUUUAUUUCAUAUCACUGGUAGUUAAAAAAAUUUAAUAAUUCCGAUUGACGGGUCUCAAUAUUAAUUAUAAUUCCCUGCAUAUAGGUUGGCGGAAGAAUCGAUGAGGUGGAUGGAAAUGCAAGGAAAACAUGAUAAAGUAAUCAGUGUGCUCAAAAAGAUAGCGACUGUCAAUAAAAAAACUUUGCUGGACUUACCUUCAGACACUCAAAUGGAGGUGAUACAUUCUAUUAAAAAGCCAAAUUCUUAAUUUUUGAUCAUUGGACGAAUUAAUCAUGUUAUACAGAGUCCGGGAGUAAAACGGGAUAAUUUGAGGUGGGGUUGAGAGCGCUUAAGUUAUUGGUGGGUACAAAAAUCGUAUGCUCUCAUUAUCAGCACAACCAGCACAUCACCUGUUUUUAAAUUCCUGUCUCUUGUUUUAGUCAUUGAUUCUUAAAUUAUCUCGUUUAACCGCCAAGAUCAGGGGCUUUUAGUUAUUAAUUUAUUCGAGAAAAACAAUUGCAUUUUAAACAAAUAAAAUAACUAAAUGUUUUUUACUGUUUUUAACUGGUUUUUAAAUAUCUAUAAUUUAGUUUGACAGUAAUAUUUUACUCGUCUUGAUUUAUAGAAAAUUAAUUAAUUUAUUUAUUUAGUACAUUAAAUUAAUUUCACAGAGCAAGAACAAUGAGGACGAAAACGAUGCGAAAGUAAAUACAAGUAUCCUAAAAGAUAUAUUCCGCUCUUCGACUAUAUUUUGGAGGAUGAUCAGAUGUUCUUUAUUAUGGUAGGAACAAUUGUUUUAAACAUUAGUACCAUAAUAAAGUAUUUUUUUCUUUGACUCGCGCAGGAUAGCAGCGGCUUUUGUGUACUACGGGCUGAACAUAAGCGCGACCGAAAUAGCCGGCAAUAAGUACUUAAACUUUGCAUUGGUCUCGUUUGUCGAAAUUCCCGCGUGCCUGUUUAACUGGAUAAUUAUGGAACGAAUGUCCAGAAAAACGUCGUUAUUCUCUAUGUUCUUGUUGAGCGGCGCUACUUGCAUAGUAUACAACAUAUCGUACGACUGUAAGUACCUAUACAAUAUAAGUACGUAAUAAAUUAUGAAAUGUUUUUUACAAUUUUUGGAUGUUUUUUGUUCUGUUCAUAAUUACGUACAGACGUAGGAUUUACGUUAAGGUUGUCUCUAUUCAUGAUCAGUAAACUCGCCAUAUCCAUCGCGUUCACGAUCGUCUACAUUCUGACCGCCGAGAUAUUCCCUACCACGAUGCGGGCGACCAUGUUAUCUUUGUGCUCCAUGUUCGGUCGAAUAGGAUCCAUGUUGUCUCCGCAGAUCACUCUAAUGGUAAUUAACGUACAAAUCUUCAUACAUCUCUUGCUCUUGUCUUCCAUAUCUCCAUCAUAUCUAUCAGUCUAUCAACAGUUUUCCUCGUCUAUAAACUUCUGCACAUGUCAUGUCUUCAUAUAUCCAUAUAAUACCUUUUAGCCACUUUUUCUUCGUCUUUUACAUUGGCCUUUUCUUCCUCGGAUUCCAUCUACACUACCUAUAUACGUAUCUCAUGUAUCUUUAUAUGACAUUUUAAUAUGUUUUUACUAAGGAUUCAAUAAAUUGUUUCGGUAACCGAUUUUUUCAGAUUUUUACGUGACAAAUAAUGUCCCGUUAAAAAACUAAUUCCAACCAACUCCAUUUCUAUCACUACCUACUACUUCUCUGUGUACCAGUUCUGAUCGAUUUUUCGUUACAGUACAAUUUCCACUUACCCCGCCUAUACAUAUACAACAACCUCACCAUCACACAAAAUACCCUCGAUAUAAUAACCCUUGACUUUGCUUACUACUUCUACGUGCCAUUACGAUUAUUAUUUUAAUUAUAAUCGCACCAUCGCCUCGGCUGUAUGUAUCGCAUGUGACUCGUUAUAAUGUUUGGUGCCCGCAAAAACAUAUAUGUGAUUCAAUGUUUCUUCGUGCAGCCGAGAAAAUACCAUGUAGUUCACUGUGGUUUUCAGAAGAUUUAUGAUUUUUUCAAAUAUCACCUCUUUUUUUUGCAGGCUGAAUACUUUGGCGGGUACAUAGCCAUGUUCUUUAUGGGUUCGAUCGCAAUUUUAGCCGCCGUCAUAACCGUUACUUUGCCGGAGAGCAAAAACGUAAAAUUACCCGACACCAUCGACGAGGCCGAAAAAAUUGGAAACGAUCCUUCGUCGGAAACUGUAGAAGUUUCAAUGAUAAACUAAAGAAUGCUUAUUGCCGUACAUUUUAAUAUAUUUAUACCAAAGAAUCGUUAGAAUUUUAUCGUAAACGGAUGAGAAAAAUAUUACGUUUUUUUGUCGUUCGCUGUUUGCGGUUGAUAAUACAUUAUCCUAAAAAUACUAUAAUAAUAAUUGCUUUGGUAAAAAUAUCGAUUGAUUAAGGAUAUUAAUUUAAAUUCAUAGUAUACAUGGGUGCAUAAUAUUAGAAUGACAUUUGCUUUUUAAUUUGUAGUUUUGGAAACAACGUUAUUAUUUUACAGGAAAAACAGAAUACAAAAAUGUAUAACAAUUUUAUGUGCAUGUUGUAUAUAAAUUCAAGUACUUUUAGUAUGUAAUAUAAGCGUUAAUUUCAUAAUACAUAAAAUUUACUAACGUUAACAUUAAUAUCAUUGCUAUCUUUAGUCAUUGGACUGUGUGAAUAGUAAAGAAAACACUUAAAAAGCUAGUUAAAUAUCGCAAUACGUUAUAAAUAUUUUGAGUCCAUAUUAGUACGUAUAGAUUAAGAUAGUAAAUCAAUAUUUUAGUUUUAUCACAAUUUUGUAUUAAUAUAGGUACUCGUAUUGUUAGUAUAAUCAAAGAAAUAAAAAUGUAAAUGUCAAAAGUACCUAUACCUG